AUGCGUGGUCUUGAUCAAUGGAUUGCUGACGCAAUCAAAUCAGAUUCACUAUUUUCCGACCAAUCUGUAUCUUCCUCGUCUGUCUCCUUUGUUCCCUGUAAGAACUGCACAGUCAGUUCAAUGGGUUUUGUCGGAAAAUCAACGUUUUUGAAGUUUAGGAAAAGAGACAGAACCAGAGGAGCUCUGUUUUUGUCAGUCAGUUUAUCUAUAAAGGAGGAAGAAGAAGGUGAAGGGUAUAAUGGUCAAAACGGUUAUAAAUCUCUUAAGUUGAAAGACUCUGUGUUGAUCAAAGCUGAGGAGAAGAAGAUUAAGGUUAAGGAGAAUGGAUCAGGAGCUCUCAAUACCACUAAGCAUCUAUGGGCUGGUGCUUUUGCUGCCAUGGUUUCAAGCAGAACUUGCAUUGCACCACUUGAGAGGAUGAAGCUAGAAUACAUUGUCCGUGGAGAGCAACGAAACCUCCUUGGACUCAUUAAUAGGAUUGCAACAACAGAAGGCAUUAGAGGAUUCUGGAAAGGAAACUUGGUUAAUAUUCUUAGAACCGCUCCUUUCAAGUCCAUCAACUUCUACGCAUAUGAUACAUAUAGAGGCCAGCUUCUGAAACUCUCUGGAAACGAAGAAACUACUAACUUCGAGAGGUUUAUCGCCGGUGCAGCUGCUGGAGUAACAGCUAGUUUACUUUGUCUACCACUAGAUACUAUAAGAACUGUUAUGGUUGCACCUGGUGGAGAGGCACUAGGUGGUGUGGUUGGUGCAUUUCGUCACAUGAUUCAAACGGAAGGUUUCUUUUCUUUAUACAAAGGUCUUGUGCCUUCACUUGUUAGCAUGGCUCCUGCAGGAGCAGUGUUCUACGGUGUGUAUGAUAUCUUGAAAUCAUCUUACCUUCAUACACCGGAAGGGAAGAAAAGGCUUGAACACAUGAAACAAGAAGGUGAGGAGCUGAAUGCUUUUGAUCAGUUAGAGCUUGGUCCAAUGAGGACUUUGUUGUAUGGAGCAAUAGCUGGGGCUUGCUCAGAGGCAGCGACUUAUCCUUUUGAAGUUGUGAGAAGGCAUUUGCAAAUGCAGUCACAUGAGAGGAAGUUGAGCACAGUGGCUACUUGUGUGAAGAUUGUUGAACAAGGUGGUGUUCCUGCUCUAUAUGCUGGCUUGAUUCCCAGCUUAUUGCAGGUUUUGCCUUCAGCAGCGAUUAGUUACUUUGUGUAUGAGUUCAUGAAAGUUGUCAUGAAGGUAGAAUCAACACAAUAG